AACGCCGUGACACAAUGGCGGCUUCCGUUAUAAGCACGUACUUUUUGUCGACCGUUUUCUUUAAAAUGUAAAAAACUGUCGAAAGAAUAAUCUUUUCGGCAGGUUUUAGGUGUCUAAAAUGACAUAGCGAUAUCAAAACUGUAAGGUAUUUGCGGAGAGGAUCGUUGGAUGUAUUAAUACGCGUUACCGAGAAAGAGAAAAACGCUCGCGGCAAAAUGUCAAAGAGACCUGCAGAUAGUGGGGAUUCGGGUUCCCAACCACCUAUUAAAAAAGUUCAAUUUGAACCGAUUUUAAUCGGGCCUAUUUCAACCCUCGAAGAAAUGGACAUGAAAGUUUUACAGUUUCAAAAUAAGAAAUUGGCCCAGAGAUUAGAGCAGCGUCAUAGAGUAGAGGCUGAAUUAAGGCAACGAAUUGAACAGUUGGAAAAACGACAAAUGCAAGAUGAUGCGGUGCUUAAUGUUGUCAAUCGUUAUUGGAAUCAAUUGAAUGAAGAUAUACGUGUAUUACUUCAGAGAUUUGAUGCUGAAACAGCUGAUGAAUCUGAAAAUAAAAAUGAAAGUGAAGCUACAACAUCAUUUCUUAUGCAGCUUUCUUCAUGGGACAAAGAAGAGUUAGAUGAUAAAUUAGCAAAUCGUGUUCAAGUGUCCAAACGUGCAGUUUCAAAAGUAGUACAAGCAUUUGACCGUCUUUCUCAAAGAAAUGAAAAGAUUACUCUUGCACUUAAAGGGGAAUUUGAUGGAGAAGAAGCACCUAAUAUUGAUGAAGUUGUGCGUAGAGCAAAUUCUGAGAUACAAAUGGAAAAUAGGAACCUUCAAGCAAUAAAUAUACAACUUCAUGAAAAAUACCACACUAUUUCAUUGAAGAUGUCAGAACUGCAAGAUACCAUAACAGGGAAAGAUACACUUGCCGCAGAACUUCGUAACCAGGUGGAUGAUCUUCAGUACGAACUGAAUAAAGUGAGAGCGCGUAAUGAUAAAUUAGAACAUCACCUUGGAGAAGCAAUUGAGAAACUAAAAGCGUUUCAACAAAUACACGGUACAGAUGAAAAAGGAAGUAAUAAACCCAAUACUUUAGUUGCUUCAAGUGUGUCACAGACAAAGCUCGAAGAUUUACAAAGGGAAUUGGAAGAAACCAGAGAGUUAGCUAAUAACAGGUUACAAGAACUGGAUAAACUACAUCAACAGCAUCGAGAUGCAUUGAAAGAAGUAGAAAAAUUAAAAAUGGAUAUACGACAACUUCCAGAAUCGGUAAUUGUUGAGACGACUGAAUACAAAUGUUUACAAUCGCAAUUUUCUGUAUUGUACAAUGAAUCUAUGCAAUUGAAAACACAAUUAGAUGAUGCUCGUCAGCAACUGCAAUCCAGUAAAAACGCUCACUUACGGCAUAUUGAAAUGAUGGAGAGCGAAGAGUUGAUGGCACAAAAAAAGCUACGUGGAGAAUGCAUACAAUUGGAAGAUGUUUUGGCUCAAUUACGAAAGGAAUAUGAAAUGUUAAGAAUUGAAUUUGAACAAAAUUUAGCUGCAAACGAACAAACAGGACCGAUAAAUCGAGAAAUGAGACAUUUGAUCACGUCUUUGCAAAAUCACAAUCAACAGCUUAAAGGCGAGGUUCAUCGUUAUAAACGGAAGUACAAAGAAGCUUCAUCAGAAAUACCGAAACUGAAGAAAGAAAUUGAGGAAUUAACAACAAAGUUGGGCCAACAAACAUCCCAGGAGAACAAAGAAGGGAAUAAUUCAGAUGGCAGUGGAAAAGAAGAAGAUGCAUCGAAUUCUCUUCCAGGUUCUGCACAGAUAAAGGAAGAGAGUGGAGUUUCAAUAAAAAGAGAAUCUGGAGAAGAAGAAGUAGAAACUAUCGAAGUUGGAGAAGGAGAAGGAAACAAAGGUACCCCAGAUUCUUUGACAUUAACGUCUCCAACUCUAAAGAAAGAAAAAGAUAUUAAACGUGAAAAAGAUAUAAAGAAGGAAGCUGUCAAAACCGAACAUCGCGAUCCUGCUCAUCGUGCCAAAGACACGAAAGUAGCGGAAUCAGAACUUGUUAGAGAUCUGAAAGCGCAACUAAAAAAGGCUGUGAAUGAAAUGAAAGAAAUGAAAUUAUUAUUAGAUAUGUACAAAGGUGUUGGAAAAGAACAAAGAGAUAAAGUGCAAUUAAUGGCAGCUGAACGGAAAACGAGAGCAGAAUUAGAUGAAUUACGCCAACAGAUAAAGAAAAUUCAGGAAAGUAAGAGAGAAGAGCGUAAAAAGUUGGCAGAUGAAGAUGCACAGAUAAAAAUUAAGAAAUUAGAAGAACAAGCAUACACUCUUCAGCGUCAAGUUGCUUCUCAAAAGCAGAAUUGUGUGUGGUUUCAGGAGGAGGAGGCUCUUUUGAACGAAAUGGAGGUAACUGGGCAAGCUUUUGAAGACAUGCAAGAACAGAAUUCUAGGCUAAUUCAACAGUUACGUGAAAAAGAUGAUGCAAAUUUUAAACUUAUGACAGAAAGAAUUAAAAGUAAUCAAUUACAUAAAUUAGCUAGAGAGGAGAAAGAUGUUCUAAAAGAACAAGUUUCUACAUUAACAACUCAAGUUGAAGCUGCUAAUGUCGUCGUUCGUAAAUUAGAAGAGAAGGAGCGCCUUUUACAAAAUUCCCUUGCUACUGUUGAAAAAGAAUUGGCUUUGAGGCAACAGGCAAUGGAAAUGCAUAAAAGAAAAGCUAUUGAAAGUGCCCAGUCUGCAGCUGAUUUAAAACUUCAUCUUGAAAAAUAUCAUUCUCAAAUGAAAGAAGCGCAACAAGUUGUAGCUGAAAAAACUAGUUCUUUGGAGGCAGAAGCAUAUAAAACAAAAAGAUUACAGGAAGAAAUAGCUCAAUUGAGACGUAAAGUUGAAAGAAUGAAGAAAAUAGAACUUGCUGAAACAUUGGAUGAAGUAAUGGCUGAGGAGCUUCGAGAAUAUAAGGAAACGCUUACUUGUCCUUCUUGUAAAGUUAAACGUAAAGAUGCGGUUCUAACAAAAUGUUUUCACGUAUUUUGUUGGGAUUGCUUACGUACACGAUAUGAGACUAGGCAACGAAAAUGUCCAAAAUGUAAUUGCGCUUUUGGAGCUAAUGAUUAUCAUCGUUUAUAUUUAUCCACAUGAAGAAGAAAAGCGUAAAUUAUUAAAAUUCAUGUGUCUCUCAGCUGAAUUGUGUAAAUCUUUCUUACUCUUACGAUGUGCAUCUUUUCUUAUAUUUUCUAUUUAUUGUCGUGAUCAUUGGUAAAUGAAAAAUAUAGUUGCACAUGUCUUGUAAAGAAAGGAGGCUGAAAAACCAAAU